CGCAUCGCAGUACGCCGCUCUCGCACUGUGUCCCAUGCGAACGCGGUACCACUUACCACACUUAAUGGUAUGAAUGGUACGAUCGUCGAUAUCGGAAGAUUCAGUUACCAGUGACUGUGUUCCGUUCGUGGAUCGAAUCAUCUAUGAAAACAGCAGUGAAGUGCGCUCGAAUUCGGCCAGUGUGAUUGUCAGUGAGGAUGUGCAUGCGUUGUCGCGUUGUGAUACACGCACCGAAACUUUGUUUUCAUAAGAAGACGUAAAAGUUGCAGUGUUGAUCUCUUAGCUUAGCCGCCAUAUUGCAUACCACUCAGAGUGAGAGAUCUGUCGGCGGCGCAACACGUGCAAGAGCGAGACGACGUUCUACCAGAGGCAAAGCCAGUUGAUAGACGGGGCAAAGAAGUCGAGGAAUGUUAGACUAUUGCACUAUCUAACGCACACACACACACACACGUGUCAUAUUUUCGAUAACCGAAAAUGAAUUGACGAAUCGUCCACGCUGAUUAAACCGCAUCGCAAUUUUUCAAAAUAAUGUCGCGGUAGUGUCAACCGAAUUGAUUCACAAGAUGCGGGGUUCAUACUGUCUAUUGCUCGCCGCGGGCGUUAUCCUGCUAGCAGGAGCGCACAACUCCGGUCCGGGACCCGGAAGACGUCGACAAACCAUCACCGAACCGCCUUUCGGCUACUCGGCCCAAAUGCAAAGUCGUGCCGUCGACACACGGGUCACCCUCGAAAUAACCGAGGGCCAACCCAAAGGCACGACCGUCGGACGCAUCCCAACUAAACCCGGAUUCACCUACAGGUUUAACGAGCCACCCCGAGAGUUCACCCUUAACCCCAACACCGGGGAGAUCAAAACUAACGCGAUUUUGGACAGGGAGAUGCUCAAAAACGAUCGGUACGAUUUGGUGGUACUAUCCAGUCAACCUACCUACCCCAUCGAAGUUAGAAUCGUGGUCAACGACAUAAAUGACAAUGCACCCGAGUUUCCUGAACCCAGCAUAGCAGUGUCGUUUUCGGAAAGUGCGGCCGCAGGAACAAGACUAUUAUUAGACGCUGCCACUGAUAAAGAUACGGGUGAUAACAGCGUCAGCGACGACUACAAAAUUAUCGCAGGAAAUAAAGAUGAGAAAUUCAGGCUCGUUGUCACGGCUAAUCCAACUGGAGACUCCUCCUAUCUCCACCUGGAAACAACCGGCAAACUCGACAGGGAAUCACAGGGGUUCUACGUCUUGAACAUCUCCGCAAGGGAUGGAGGAAAGCCACCAAAGUACGGGUACCUCCAAGUAAACGUGACAAUCCUGGACGUGAACGAUAAUCCACCAAUUUUCGACCACAGCGAUUACAUCGUUUCCUUGAACGAAAGCGUACCACCGGGAACACCUGUUUUACAAGUCAUGGCGACCGAUAACGACCUGGGGGACAACGCGAAAAUCACCUAUUACUUAGCAGACACGGAACACCAGUUCGCCGUCGAUCCAGAAACAGGUGUCAUCUCGACGACAGAAAUAUUAGAGUGUCCCCAACAACAGAACUGCCCUCAAACAACCAAACCCGGAGGCAGUUGUCCGAAGAGUUGCGUCUUCACGGUGUUCGCCAGGGACCACGGUACGCCCAGACAGGACGGCAGGACUUACGUAACGGUGAAUUUGGUGGACGCCAACGAUCACGACCCCAUCAUCGAGUUCCGGUACUUCCCUUCGACCGCCGGGUUCGCGACAGUGGACGAGAACGCCGGCAAUGGGUCGGUGGUGGCUGCCGUUUCGGUGGUGGACCUGGACGAAGGACUGAACGGUGAUACAACGGUGCGGAUUGUCUCGGGCAACGAAUUAAAUCAUUUCAGACUCGAUUACACUCCCAGCUUUGAUAUUGUGCGAGUGAACGGCAUUUUAGAUCGCGAGGAAAUCUCAAAGUAUAAUUUAACAGUUGUGGCGACAGACAAAGGGACUCCACCUCGUACAGCCACCGCCUUUUUGAUAAUUCACGUGAACGACGUCAACGACCACGAACCGGUGUUUGAAAAGAGUGAAUAUUCGGCGAUUUUGAGUGAGCUGGCACCUCCCGGCACCUACGUGGCAGGGAUCACCGCAACGGACGAAGAUACGGGAGUGAACGCGCAAAUUUUCUACGCGUUUGUGUCCGGCAACGAGAAUCAGUGGUUCGCCAUCAACUCGAAUUCCGGAUUAAUUACGACAAUAGCAGCUCUGGAUAGGGAGAUACAAGGUACCGUAGAAUUGAACAUUUCAGCCCGCGACGGUGGUCCGAAUCCGAAAUGGGCGUACACCCAAUUAAAAGUGACGAUUUUAGAUGAAAACGACGAGGCACCGCAAUUUUCCCAGUCAAAAAUCAACGUUACGCUGUCGGAAAAUGCGCCUGCCGGUACUUUGGUUGCGAUGCUGACAGCGGCUGAUCACGAUCAAGGCACUAACGGAAGUGUAACUUAUUCUCUACAUUCUGCUGUCUCGCAAACUUACGACGACACCUUCCAAUUGGACUCAUUAACAGGACAAUUGACUACUAAAAGGGUUUUAGAUCGCGAGGAGAUCUCCAAGUACGAAAUACACGUCAUAGCGCGUGAUCAAGGCAUUCCACCACAGUUCUCGACCGCCACCGUUUAUCUCAACGUGUUGGACGUCAAUGAUAAUAAUCCCGAGUUUUAUCCGCUGGAAUAUUUCAUGUCGGUGUCCGAAGAUCUGAAAUCAGGGGCGUCGAUUUUGAAAGUGACGGCCUCGGAUUUGGACGAAGGCGACAAUGCGAUGAUCACGUUCAAAUUGGAGAGCGGCGGAGACGGGAUGUUUACCAUAGACAAAUGGACUGGUAUUAUAUCGUUGCGGGGUAAUUUGAAGACUUCAUCGAAUCCGCUGCAUAAGUUGAAAAUCUCGGCUAAAGAUCACGGCGAUAAACGGGCAGUGGAAGAUGCCACGGUCGAGAUAAUCAAGAAAACGUACUUGGAGGAAUUGCACUUUGACAGCUACGGCGGAUAUGAGUUCCAGAUCGUGGAAGAUCACAAUGAAUCGUCGAGCUUUAAGCGGAGGGACGUCGGCACCGUUCACGUGAGAAACAGCGAGGCCGUGUAUUCUAUAGUUUUCGGUGAUCCGAAGCACAAUUUCAAGAUCGACGAGAACACGGGUAAAAUAAGUACGGCGAAAAAGAUCGAUCGUGAACAAACGAUAAGUUACAGCCUGACGGUGGUGGCUCGUGUGGGUUUGUCGUACGGUAACACCACAGUGAAUAUUGUAAUUCAAGAUUUGAACGAUAAUAAGCCCGUGUUCGUACGCGAUAAGGACGAAAUAAAAUUACCAGAAAACGCAGCGGUGGGACAAGAAGUUUAUCUAGCACGGGCGAGGGACAUAGACGCAGGUAUAAACAGCCGGGUGACAUACAGUCUAACCUACAAUCCGGACGAUCAGUUCAGAAUCUCGGAGGCGACCGGCGUGAUUUACUUGAACAGGCCGAUUAGAACUGAACCCGGAACCGUGUUGAACGUCGAAGUGACCGCUACCGAUUCCGGUGAACCGCCACUUUCAUCCAAGCACACGGUUUUAAUAACAAUAGAGGAUGUUAAUGACCACACACCUGUUUUCGAUCAUACCUCGUAUGAGACGUCGUUGCUGGAGUCCACGCCCGUUAAUGAGAGAUUCUUCGCCUUAGCGGCCAGCGAUGCCGAUUUGGGAGCUAACGGCAGAAUUUCUUACACGAUCACAGAAGGCAACAAUGAAGACAAAUUCGGUAUUUUCCCAGAUGGUUAUUUGUAUGUCAGGAAAGCGUUAGAUCGUGAAGAUAAAGAUUAUUACUCGUUAAUCGUAAUGGCGAGCGAUGCAGGAAAUCCACAACGAUCGUCCAGUGUACCCGUUGUAAUUCACGUAAUCGACGAAAACGAUAACAGUCCCGAGUUCACCAAUCAAACGUUCACCUUCAGCAUCCGAGAAAACGAGCCGCCAGACUCGUUCGUUGGAAAACUCACCGCAACCGACAAAGACAUAGGCAGAAACGCCGAACUGAUCUUCUCCUUGUCCAACCUACAAAACGAUUUUUCCAUCGACCCCAAAAACGGCUUCAUAAAAACAUUGCACGUGUUCGAUCGCGAGGAUUUGGUCCAAACUUCCGGACAGAACUUCAUGACGUUGGAAGCGGUGGUGACGGACAAUGGCGCACCCCGCCUAAAAGACAAAGUAAAAGUGAAAGUGUUCGUGACCGAUGUAAACGAUAACGCACCGAAAUUCAUCCGUGCACCGUACAAAGUGCAAAUAUCGGAAGGUUCAGCGAACGGUACCCAAGUCCUGAGACUGUACACGACGGACGCGGACGAAGGCCUGAACGGCGACGUGUUUUACUCGAUCGUCAAUGGAAACGCGGAAAAACGUUUCGAAAUAGACGAGGCCACGGGGCAAAUAACGUUGGCCCGUUCCCUGGACCGCGAAACCAACUCCAAGUACAUGCUCACAGUGUUGGCACAUGACGCGGGAAUCACGAAACAAUUAACGUCAACGACGACAGUGACGAUAGAUGUUUUAGACGAGAAUGACAACGCUCCGGAGUUCACGCAGACCAACUCGCGGAUCUCGGUGAUCGAAACGAGCCCAAUCAACACAGAGCUCAUUCAGUUCCGUGCCACGGACGCCGAUCUGGGCGUGAACAGCGAAGUCGUCUACAGCAUCACCGCGGGAAACAGAAAAGACACUUUUCACAUCGAUCCUGCCACGGGUGUCUUGUAUUUGCAUAAACAGCUCGACUAUGAGGAACUUAGUGCUUAUCAGCUCAACAUCACCGCCUCAGACAAUGGCAACCCUCGUUUGUUCACCACCAUCCUCUUCUCGAUAUCGGUGGAGGAUGCCAACGACAAUCCGCCCAGUUUCCCUAGCACGGCCAUCGUCAGGCAAAUCAGGGAAGGAAUUCCGGUCAGAACGCCAAUAGUAACAGUAACAGCAGACGAUCCAGACUCAGGACUCAACGGCAAAGUCACUUACACCAUCUCCCAACAAGAUCCCGAAGAUUACAAACGACAUUUUGGAAUCAACCCCGUAACAGGUGUUAUCCACACAUUACUACCCAUCGACAGGGAGACGAUAGAUACUUUCAGACUUACUGUGGUGGCUACAGACCAGGCAGAACCACCAUCAACGCGAUUAUCAGCCGAAAAGUUAGUGACAGUGAUAGUGGAGGACGUUAACGAUAAUGCGCCAGUAUUCGUGUCCAUGAACGCCGCAGUACUCCCACACUCUUCCAGGAUGUACGAAAAAGACGGCAUAUCAAUCAUGACUGUGUUCGCCAGAGAUUUGGACUCGGCAACGAACGGCUUGGUGACCUACGAACUAGCCAGCGGUAACACGGACCUAUUUAAGCUCGACCAAAGCACCGGGGUACUGAAACUGCGCAGACACAUCCAAAACCCGGAAGCCACGUAUCGUCUUUCGGUGAAAGCAACAGACGAAGCUGUGCAAUCGGAGAGGAAGUCGAUAGAGGCGUACUUGACAAUAAUAUCGGCGAGCCCUUCAGACAAUGGACCGCGUUUCGAGAGCACCACCUUCAGUGGUAGCGUGUACGAGAACGAGCCGCCCGGUACGAGUAUCCUGACGGUUUCCGCAACGUUCGCUUCCGGUGACGUGGAGUAUUAUGUGACAAAUGUGACAGGUGAUGGUGUGCAAGUUGACAGAUUGUUUGACAUCGACACCAAGCUGGGAAUUUUGUCCACCGCCGUUGAGUUGGACCGGGAAGUUGGAGUAGAUGUUUACGAAGUGGAAGUCUAUGCGAUCGUCAUUGGGAACGGAUCGCCGAAAACGUCGAAAACUAAGGAGAUAGCCACGGACAGCAAAAGCGCAUUAAGCCACAUUCCCCGACGACAAGCGCGAGCUUGCCUGAUUCCUUUCGCUGCCCCAGCGACGGAUUCUUCGGUUCUUCUCUUCCUCGCUGCUGCUGCCGUUGCUGCCGCUGCUGCCGCUUCACCCAUCGCCAUUGUGCACGGCUCUCCCACAGGUUUUAGGUCCGAUAUUGCCGAUAUUGACUAUUAG